UUAUUUUUGAAAGACGGACGGCGAAGUAACACGGAAAUAGUAGUUUACGAUAAACAUUACUGGAUGUCUUGAAUUUUAAAAUGGACUUUACAGGAUCCAUCCUAAAUGAAAAUGAACAGACCGCUCCAGUAAGAAAGAAAAGGCUUUCCUCAAUAUUGAAGAUGCCAAGGCCUGGUCAUGCUCCUGGGAUUGAGAAUGAACAACCACUGGAUUACCAAAUACCAGUGAUGAAAAAACGAGGCUCUCGAAGGGUCAGCUUUUCUGAAACCAACAGUAUAAAGGUUUUUGCUAAAGAUGCUGCUGAAAUAAAUAAGAUGGAAGACAUUAAUAGCACAGGCUUGAAUAACCUGCUUCAUGCUCCCCUUCAGGUGCCCCAAAGUGAGGUCUCACUUUUUAAAGAAGCACCAUUAAAUGAGGAAGAUAAUCAAUUUCUUGACAAUUCAAACAAUUUGAUGGAUGUUAAGAUGGAUGAGAAAACCAUUAUGUUUGUAGAUAAUAAUGAAGAUAUGGAAAUGACACAAAGUCAUACUGUUAAAAUAUCUGAAAGAUCUGUACAGAAACCUGUUGAAUCAUCUUCAGAAAAAUUAGAUUUCAAGUGUUUUUUGACCAGAAUGAAUGACAAGAACUCAAAUAAUUUUCAAUGCAAUGAAACAACUUUGUUUUCAGCUGAUAAUGAAGAUAUGGAAAUGACUCAAAGUCACACAGUUAACAUAAAGGAGAAAUCUGUGAACAAAGCUGGUAUAUCAUCAUCAUCUGCACAAGCAAAUUUUAAAUACUUUCUUGACAGUAUUCAUGAAAAUAAACCGAAUGAAGGUCCUACUGCACAAACAAAUUAUUUUAAUUCUGAUAAGACAAUUGUGUUUUCUACGGGUAAUGAAGAUAUGGAAAUAACACAAAGUCAUACUGUUAACAUAAGUGACAGAACAGUGAGGAAAGCUGGUGAUGAGUCUUUAGAAAAAUUAGACUUCAGAAUGUUUCUUCAUAGAAUGAACAAUAAUAACCCAAAAAGUUGCCUUACUGAACAAAGCAAUAAUUUCCAAUGUAAUAAAACUGUUAUGUUUUCAAGUGAUAAUGAAGAUAUGGAAAUGACACAAAGUGAUACAGCUAACAUAAGGGAAAAAUCUGUGAAGGCUGCAGAAUCGUCUUUUGCAAAAUCUGAUUUCAGUAGUUUUUGUUCAAGGAUGAAUGGAAACAACCCAAAUGCAUCUGCUUUAAAACAAACAAUUUCUAACCAUAAUAAGACCAGUGUGUUUUCAGCUGAGGAAGAAGAUAUGGAAAUGACUCAAAGUCAUACAAUCAACAUAAAUGAAAAAUCUGUAAGAAGACCUACUGAGUCAUCAACUAAAAAUUCAAAUUUCGAUGCUGUUUGUCCUCGAAGGUCCAGGGUUGUCCCAAGAGAAGAAACAAAUGAUAUUCACUACAAUAAAACAAUUGUGUUUUCGGCCGAUAAUGAAGACAUGGAAAUGACACAAAGUCACACUGUGAACAUCAAUGAAAAACCUGUGAGGAGACCUACUAACUCUUCUUAUGUAAAAUCAGAUUUCACCAAAGUAUAUGUCAACGUGAAUGGAAAUAACUCAAAAGAUGACCCUCCGGAAGAAACUGUUUUUAACAGUGAUAAGACCAUUAUAUUUUCAACUAAUAACGAAGAUAUGGAAAUGACUCAAAGCCACACUGUUGACCUAAGUAACAAACCUAUGAACAAAGCUGCUCAGUCUUCUUUGAAGAAAUUAGACUUCAAGCAGUUUCUUGCCAGAAUCCAUGAAAACAAGCCUGUAGGUCCUACUAAACCAACAGAUGAUUUUCUUCUUGAUAAGACAGUUGUGUUUUCAGCUGACAAUGAAGAUAUGGAAAUGACAGAAAGUCAUACUAUUAAUCUAAAGGCGAAAUCUCUGAACAAGAGUGCUAUAUCAUCAUCUGCAAACUCCGAUUUCAAACAUUUUCAUGGCAGUGUUUGUGAGAAUAAACACACUGAAAGUCUGACUGCGCAAACAAAUUCUGUUCACUGUGACAAGACCAUGGUGUUUUCAGCUGAUCUUGACGACAUGGAAAUGACACAAAGCCAUACUGUUAACAUAAAUGACAAAACUAUGAAGAAUGUUGGCAAAUCAUCUUUAGGAAAAUCAGAUUUCAGUUUGUUACUUACCAAAAAGAAUGACAAGAACCUAAUUGCUGGUCCUGCUGAGCAAACAAAUGAUUUCCAUGGUAAUAAGACCAUUAUUUUUUCAGAUGUUGAUGGUAAGGAUAUGGAAAUGACUCAAAGUCAUACUGCUAACAUAAAGGAUAUAUCUGUGAGAAGAACUCUGGGAUCAUCUCGUGGAGAAACAAAUUUCAAAAUUUUCGAUAGGCAACAUUCCACUGAUCAAACAAGUGAACUCCAGUGUUGUAAUACCAUUGUGUUUUCAGCUGAUAAUGAAGACAUGGAAAUGACACAAAGUCAUACUGUUAAUAUAAAUGAUAAAUCAAUGAGGAGUCCUGCUCAGUCAUCUUUUGCAAAAUCGGAUCUUAAAAACAUUUAUGCCAGAAUGGACAAAAAUGACCAAACUCUUCAUCCUGCUGAACAAACACAUGAUUUCCAAAGUAAUAAAACAAUUAUGUUUGCAGGUGAUAAUGAAGAUAUGGAAAUAACACAAGGUAACACUGUUAAUAUAAAUGACAAAUGUAUGCGGAGACCUGUUGAAUCUUCUCUUGGAAAAUCACAGGCCAGUACCUCUUUUAUGAACAUGGAUGGAAAUAUCUCAGAUCAGAGUGUUGCAGGUCAAACACUUCUCCAUCCUAACAAGACUGUUGUGUUUUCAGCUGAUAAUGAAGACAUGGAACUCACAAAAAGUCACACUGUUAACAUAAAUGACAAACAUAUGAAGAGGGCUGCUGAAUCGUUUUUUGCAACAUCAAAUGUCAAAAAUCUUCAAACCCAAAUGAAUGACAAUAACUCAGUUGCAGGUACUUCAGGACAAAUGAGUGAUUCCCAGUGUAAUAAGACCAUUGUGUUUUCAGCUGCUAGUGAAGAUAUGGAUUUGACCCAAAGCCAUACUGUGAACAUAAGUGACAAACCCGUGAGGAAAACCCCUGAAUCUUCUCUGGAAAAGUUGGAUUUCAGUAACUUGUGUUCCCGCAUUGAUGGAAAUAAACCAAAUACGGGUCCCGUGGAACAGACUGUUUUCCAAGGUAAUAAGACCAUUGUGUUUUCUUCUGAUAAUGAAGCUAUGGAAAUGACUCAAAGUCAUACGAUCAACAUAAAUGAAAAAUCUGUCCAAAUAGCAGCCGAUUCAUUUUUUACAAAAUCAAAUGUGAAAAAUCUUAACACCCAAAUGAAUGAUGGUAACUCAACUGUGGGUCCUUCUGGACAAAUGAGUGAUUCUCUGCAUAAUAAGACCAUUGCGUUUUCAGCCGGUAAUGAAAAUAGGGCACUGACACAAAGUCACACAGUAAAUAUAAAUGAGAAAUCUGUGAGGAAAGCUCCUGAAUCUUCUUUCAUGAAGUCGGAUUUCACUAGCUCGUGUUCCAACCUGAAUGAAAAUAAUCGAAGUACGAGUCCAGAGGAACAAAUUGUUUUGCAAGGUCCUAAGACCAUUGUGUUUUCAUCUGAUAAUGAAGAUAUGGAAGUGAGUCAAAUUCAUGACAAAUCUGGUGAGAAGACUGCUGAAUUCUGUUUAGGAAAAUUAAAUGUUAAUGCCAACGUGAAUGGCAAUUGCACAAAUGGUGAUCAAACAGGUGAUUCCAAAUGUAGUAAAACCAUUGUGUUCUCAAAUGUUAAUGAAGAUCUGGAACUCGCACAACGCCAUAGCGUAAAUAUAAAUGACAACUCAACAAGCAAACUCCUGAAAUCUUCUUUUGGGGAACUGGAUUUCAGUAACACGUGUUCUCACUUAAAAGAGAAUAAUCCAAAUGCAGGUCUGACAGAACAAAUAGUUUCAAAGUGUAAAAGGACCAUUCCGAUUUCAACUAAUAAUGAAGAUAUGGAAAUGACUCAAAGUCAUACUGUUAAUAUAAAUCAAAAAGACGUCAAAGCAACUGAUUUAGAUACAAAAGAAACCAGUUGUUUACAAAAAGAUAAUGCAAAAAGUACAUUUCAGAAAGCAGUAACUGACCAGGAAAGAUAUUUCUCCAAACGAAAAUCACUGGGAAUGUUUCUUCCAAAGCUCCCAAAUAAAAGGAAACUAUGCACGUCUGAUACAACACCUGUAAAUCUGCUGCACCUUGAGGGGAACAGCACUGCUUCAUCUCAGAACACCAAUCCCAAAGGAGCAACAGGCAGCAAGACGUUCGGCCAGUGUUGGCCUCAUGCUAAAAUUUCUGCCGUCCCAGACAUAAAAAAAGAGGUCUGCCCAGAUUUCGAUCUAGAAUCUAGUUCUGAAAUACAUCACUCUGACAAAACGCAGCUGGAUUGUGAGGAGAGUGAAGAGCAUUUGGCGAAAACAACAGACUUGGAACAACCACAUCAAAUGUUCCAAAGCCCCAGAACAAAGUCCUUAGAUAGCACCUUGGAUAGUUUUGAAGUCUCGGGUGAAAAAAGGUUUAAGGCCGGCAUACUUCAGGAAUCGGAUACUGGGCAGCAGAGCUUACUGGAUGGCAGCAUUACUGUGAGAGAGUUUAUGCAACUCCUUGAAGUUAAUAUGGAUAUCCAAAAGCCAAGACAGAGUCAACUUCCACCAAAUUGUUUUUCUGAUGUUACCCCUGCUUUGGAUGACUGGCUUAAGGAGAAAUAUAUUUAUGAACCACAGCUGCAGGUCUGGGAGGAAGACUACCAAACUCAGUCUAAUUUAAUUGACAGCCUUCAGUUAGAAAUGUCUUCUCUGGACAAGCGCUUAAUAGAGCUGAAUGAGCCAUUUUGGGAGAAAAUCAGAACCUAUUCACUUGGUCAGUUAAAUAAUCUAGGACUUGGGAUAACUGAAAAAAACUCAUACUUCAGAAAAGAAGCCAAGAUGCUCUUUAAUGAAAGAAAGAUGAAAUUGUACACUGAAAUGAUAAACAUUGCAGAGCUAGAAGAGCAGAAACUGAAACAGAAGAUUACAAAGUGUGAUGAAGUAAUAUUUGGAAUAGAACAGUUGUUUGCUUCUGUGGAGGAUAAAAAAAAUAAAGGUAUUUCAGUUUGGGCACAUUUUAAAUUGAUGUUAAGUGGACUGAUUGUAAGGAGCUCUGCAAGAAAACAACUGACGUUGGAGUCUGUUAUUAAAGAAGUGAAGAAUGAAAUUCAGAAGCAAGAAGAAGUAAUAUGGAAAUUGAAAUCACAAAUUGAAGAUUACCAGAGUAUAUCAGUAUGGACCAUUUCUGAAUGGCUGAGUGAGAAGGCCUGUUUUAGGUUUCUUGAAGAUUCUUUUGAAAUUGAGGUUAAAUUUGGAGAUCCUUUAGCGGAUAUUCUGUUUUGUGAGAAGCCAGCUCACAAGAUAGAUGAAGUGAAGUUUUACACGUUGUUAGACGAAGGAAACUGUAAACCUUCAUACGCUGUUGUUCAUCGUUUGCUUAGGCAGUUUGUUCAUAGCAAAUGCUCUUGGAAUCAGGAUUGCACAACACAACGGGAUUUACCAAUGCUCCUGCAUGAGUUUUCACUUGUGACAACUCGGUACCACUCUCUUGGUGAAGAAAUUGAAAACCUUAUCACAAACGGAUCUUUAAAAUAUUAUAUCCUCAAUCUUGAAAUAAGGAAUACAGACCUCAAAAUCCUGUUCUCAAGUUACAUUUCAUUUGUCAAAUUUGAAGUAACAUUCUGCCUUACACAUCAUUACCCAACCUCCUCACUUCAGAUAGUGAACUUCAAAAAUUACAUUGGCGAGACCAGCUUUGCUCAGUUUGAGGACGUUGUCUCUUCAGUGUCAAAAGGACCUCAUCAUCUGACCAGAGUGGUGGAUAAAAUAUACCAGGAAUUUCUUAGUAAAGAUUACAAGCUGCCGCUGUUUGUAUGAAAGUGUCUUGUUACAAAAGGUUGUUUAAUUUUUGUGGAUGUUGUAAAUAUUAUUGUUGUUUUGUUUUUGUUUUUUUUACCUGUUUUAAUAAAUUGUA